AUGGUGCUUCACAUUUCCCAUCCCAGGGAUGAAAGAAGCAGAAGAAGAAGUCAAGAUGGCGGUGAUGUUGGUGAUGGCGACGUCGAGCUGAGAGAGAGAGAGAGAGAGACGGAUGGACGCCAUCAACGCGCUCUUCUCGCCCGCCGACGCCUCCAAAGCCCCGGGAGGAGGAGGAGCAGGAGGGGGGGGGGAGGAGGGGAGGGCGGCACCGCCAUGAACGGCCCCUUCUACCUGCUGAGGGAGGCGGCAGGAACCACCGAUCUUACUGGAAGUUCGAACCUAAUCACGCACUACAAUCUCGAACACACCUACAAUAUGUUUUGUGGGAAGCAGGUCAAAGAUAAGUUAAGCAACUUCCUGCCAGAUUUACCAGGGAUGAUAGAUCUACCAGGGUCAAAGGAUAACUCGAGUCUCCGUUCCCUCAUCGAGAAGCCACCGAUAUGUGGGAAUUCAUUUACGCUCCUCACCGGCACACUGCUCACGGGAUUCAGACUGCAUACUGGACCGCACCCAGAACAGUAUCGCUUGAUGCACAUUCAGCCCCCUCGCAAGAAGAGCCGUCAUAAACACAAGCACAGCCGCGCUCAGGACCCCGUUCCCCCAGAAACACCAUCAGACUCGGAUGCGCCUCCCUCUUUAUAUGCAAUGCCUGGUGAAGCUAUACACCUUCCUCACUGCACCAUCUACCUGCGUGGCCACUGGAGUUAUGACUCAUACUCCCUCGUCUCUCUGUUCAACAUCACUCCACAUGGCCCUGCUUCACUAUGUACUGUAUGUCCUACCCUGGUUUAA